GAUUGACACUUUACAUAGCAGUGAAAAUAGUCCGGCCAUAUAAAAUCGCUUGUCCUCCUCGCUGUAGAUCUUUUCCAGUCGCAUGUUGAAGUUUGAACUGAUCAUGUCUAGCGAUUCUCCUGAUUACAACAGCUCAAGAGAUCGUGAGCAUGACGCAGGGCCAGAGGGGAUGGAGCCUGAUGGUGUCAUCGAGAGCAACUGGAAUGAGAUUACAGACAACUUUGAUGACAUGGCCCUGAAGGAGACACUCCUUAGGGGUAUUUAUGCGUAUGGUUUUGAGAAGCCAUCGGCCAUUCAACAGAGGGCAAUCAUUCCUUGUAUCAAAGGCUACGAUGUCAUUGCCCAAGCCCAGUCAGGCACUGGCAAGACUGCCACGUUUGCCAUCUCUAUUUUGCAGCAGCUGGACAUGGAGCAGAAAGAGACACAGGCUUUGGUACUAGCCCCCACCAGGGAGCUGGCUCAGCAGAUCCAGAAGGUGAUUCUGGCUCUGGGAGACUACAUGGGGGCGGCCUGCCACGCCUGCAUUGGGGGCACCAACGUCCGCAACGAGAUGCAGAAGCUGACGGCCGAGGCCCCCCACAUAGUGGUUGGGACUCCAGGCCGGGUGUUUGACAUGCUUAACAGGAGAUACCUGUCACCAAAAUGCAUCAAGAUGUUUGUCCUGGACGAAGCUGAUGAGAUGCUGAGUCGCGGUUUUAAGGAUCAGAUCUAUGAGAUCUUUCAGAAACUGAGCACAAACAUUCAACAUCAGCGUGCGCUCUGGAAAGACGGCGGCGAGUGGAAAGGCAGUUUGCCAGUUAGAGCAGCGCGUCCCCUGAAUGAUAACGUAGAGGUGGUCCUCCUCUCUGCUACCAUGCCUGCGGAUGUCCUGGAGGUGACCAAGAAGUUCAUGCGAGAGCCAAUUCGCAUCCUGGUGAAGAAGGAGGAGCUUACCCUGGAGGGUAUCAAGCAGUUCUACAUCAAUGUAGAGCGCGAGGAGUGGAAGUUGGACACGCUGUGUGACCUGUACGAGACUCUGACAAUCACUCAGGCAGUCAUCUUCCUCAACACCAGGAGGAAGGUUGACUGGCUGACAGAAAAGAUGCACGCAAGGGACUUCACCGUCUCUGCUCUUCAUGGAGACAUGGAUCAGAAGGAAAGGGAUGUGAUCAUGAGGGAGUUCAGGUCUGGCUCCAGCAGAGUGCUCAUCACUACUGACUUACUGGCUCGAGGAAUUGAUGUGCAGCAGGUUUCCCUUGUCAUAAACUAUGACCUUCCUACAAACCGAGAGAAUUAUAUUCACCGAAUUGGUCGCGGUGGCCGUUUUGGCCGAAAAGGCGUGGCUAUUAACUUUGUGACCGAAGAGGACAAGCGUAUCCUUCGGGAUAUCGAGACGUUUUACAAUACGACAGUUGAUGAGAUGCCUUUGAACGUGGCUGACCUGAUUUGAACCAGUGGUUUGAGAAUUUAAUUUUUAGCGUGGUGCUAGCGGUCGUACACUUGCAUUGUGCUUACAUUAUUGUUCGAGGUAAACUUCUCUCAAUGCUAUGCCUGACUCAGACUUUGGAUAUUUGUAGGAUAAGGCGACAUCGAUGGUCUCUCGUGGACAGUUGUAGAUUCUAACCUUUUUAGAGUUUGUUGGUCAGAGCUACAAAAGCCUUGGCGGCAGGUAACAUGGUUCUCAUCAGUUUAUUUCAGUGUUCAACUAAGGUUUGUGUAGUAGAUGUGCUUCACCGUUUAGUGAUCUUCUUGUGGACAAAACGGUAUAAGUGCUGUAUUAAGUCUGCCAAUUAUGUUACGCUAACAUAUGUUCUGUGUAAUUGCAAUUCUGCACUAUUUGUUAUAGAUUUGACCCUCUAUAUUUUAUGCAAUGUGUUAAUUUAAGUGUACUCUAUUUUAUCACUUUGUCCAAGUCCUUGGUUUUCCCAUAUUUUGCUCACAUGCAGUAUACCUCUUAGUUUCCCAGAACUCAAAGUUUUGAGUGUGUAGCUAUUUUCCCUGAAACUAUGAAUGUAUUAAUAAAACCAAACUUGCUGUACUAAAUU